GCAAUCGUUCUUGCAGAGGCUGUGAGACUGACCGCGGAAAGCCCUCUCUCGCUCUCUCACUCACUCUCACUCUCCGUGUGACCAUCAGCCGCCAGCACUGAGCUCAGAGCAGCGUUGAAGUUGAAGGAAGCUCGUAUGAUCCACAAAUCAUGGACAGCCUUCAGAGCAGCGUGAAGAAGAAAGCCACCGAGAUUCAUUACAAAGCCGAGGUGUUGAUCACCGGCGAACAAUUAAGGCUUCGCCUACAUGACGGAAAGUUGAUCAAAGACCGCCGCUACAAUCUACGAACAUACCCGAACUGUUUUGUUGCAAAAGAGGUGAUGGACUGGUUGAUAGACCAUAAAGAAGCACCGGACAGAGGAACAGCCAUUAAACUAAUGCAGAAGUUAAUGGAUCAUAACAUCAUUCAUCAUGUUUGCGAUGGACAUUCAGAAUUCAAGGAUGCCAAACUUCUCUACAGAUUCCGAAAAGACGAUGGAACAUUUCCCUUAAGUAAGGAAGUGAAGGUGUUCAUGAGAGGUCAAAGCUUGUAUGAAAAGCUCAUUAACUCCGAGAACACCAUCAUGAAAUUGCAAGAGGAAAAUGGCGUGAAGUAUCACCGCAGUGUCUCUGGCUGCGAUAUGAUCGACUGGCUGAUGAAGGAAGGUGAAGCUUCCUCAAGAAAAGAAGCUGUGGAGUUAUGCCGAAGGGAACUUGAACACGGAAUUAUUCAACAUGUCUCAAACCGCCACCACUUUUUCGACAGCAACUUGCUCUACCACUUCCGCAUCAACUUCCGCCGCAGACGCCGCGUGACCGAGCUCCUCAACGAAGACUCGUGGACGGUGCAGGAGUCCAACGACAGUCCCUUCUGCCUGCGCAAACUCAACCCGGAGCAGGACGGCUCCAGCUUCCUCUCAGUGCAAACCAACAAGGAGAUCAAGGUGGUAUCAGCUGUGCGUCGAAGCAGCCUAACCCCUGUUGUCACGGGAACCACCGCCUUUUACAAUGCAGGCCCAAGCCUGGCCUGUGAGCCUUCAGUGGAGUGCAACCCGAAAUCAGUGUUGAAGAGACCAGUCACUAAUGAAGAACUCCUCUCACCUGGAGCACCUUACUUAAAGAAAACAUUGACAAUUGUGGGUGAUGCAGUGGGCUGGGGGUUUGUGGUGAGAGGAGGAAGACCAUGUUAUGUCCAGGCCGUGGAUCCAGGUGGACCUGCCGCUGCAGCGGGGAUCAAGGUCCGACAGUUUGUUGUUUCCGUGAACAGUACACAAGUGAUGCAAUCGGACUAUAAAGCCGUCAGCAACAUAAUAAUGACAGGACCACGGACACUGGUGAUGGAGGUGAUGGAGAUGAUUGAGUGAUGAACAUAACACGUGGCUAAUCAAAACGCUGCCUGAUUCCUUUAGUAAAUCUCAGAAAUCAAAGCUGUAUCAAAUACCAUAAGCCUGGAAAUCGGUCCUGAAGAUCUCACCAACCAAAACAUAGCCAUCAUUUCCUUUAAAUGCCAUUCAUUUUGCACUGCGUUCACUGACUGUCAUUUCUAUGUAGAUAUUCCAUUGCUGGAAAACAUUUUCCUGUGUUGAUUUUUUUCUUAGAGGUAUAUAAUUAUGUCGUUUGGCCCUCAUGAUUAAGACAUGUGUAUUAUAUUGACAGCUGCUGUUAUUCCAUGUUGCCAACUUUGUUUAAAAUUAGUUGCAUCCUGAACAACCAGAUUUGUACAUUUUGCAGAUUCAUUUAAGCAUCUCUGUAUAAACUCAGUUAUUUUGUUGGC